CUCAUCAGCUGAUUGCUUAUUUCAGAAUAAAACAUUAUACUUUGUUAUUGUUCCGAGCGAAUCGAAAAACGUUUAUCAAGACAGUUUUAAAAAGUGCAAUAAAACGAUAGAUAAUUAAAGCUUUAAUCGAAAUCUCACUUAGCCGCGUUGCUUGGCAACCUAGGCUCAAACAAACGAAAUUGGAAUCUCUCUCGCAGUUAAAACAGAUUCAAGUACUUAUUAGCAAAAUGUUUAUACUAGACAGAAUACUGCCGUUUAUAUUUAGCUAUAUCAGACCGUUUAUCAAGUGGUUCCUGCACGCCUUCACCAGACUCUCGGAACUUCAGAGGAUAUGCUAUGGUGCCAGGGCAGGUGCCAGCCGGACGAGUCAGGUGGAAAGAUCCCUGACUUUGUCCAAGAGACCCCAGAUAAGGCGGCUUGUACUUGACCUUGAUGAGGCGGCUCCAUACGUGAACGACUCGGAGCUAAUGGAGUUUGCUCCUCGUGCUGCCCGUAUUGUGAUGCAGGCUAAACGCAUCAAGAACAAUGUACAUCCGGACUUUGCCCGACUAUUCGGCACCUGUGUAACCAGUAUCUGGGGAUACCGUCGACUCAUGUAUCAGCUGGAGCAGCUGCGGGCGGAGCGGUACGACUCGGAUAACCUGGUACACGAGCAGAAGUUACUCCGGCUAUGGGAACUUUUAAUGCCGGAGGCUCCGCUCACUGGACGAGUUAGCAAACAAUGGCAGGAUAUUGGUUUCCAGGGAGACGAUCCCAAGACAGACUUUCGAGGAAUGGGCAUGCUCGGCUUGGAGAACUUGUUAUACUUCGCCACCGCCUAUAAUGACGCCGCCAAGCACGUGCUCCUGCACUCGAUGCAUCCCACCCUGGGUUACACCUACGCAAUCGUGGGCAUUAACCUCACCUCGAUGGCCUUUAAUCUAGUCAAAUCGGGAGCCGCCAAAACCCAUUUCUACAACCAGGUGGUGCAGCACAGGCAAGACUUUAGCACUGUUGAGGAUUUCCAUAGGCUAUACUGCUACCUGUUCUUCGAGUUUGACCGAUUUUGGAUGGAGAGCGAUCCGCGCAACAUUAUGGACUUCCGCGAGAUUUAUCAAGCCUUCGAAAUAACAAAACUGGAGGCCUUGCACAACGAUAGCACUAUUUUUAAGACCAAUUUGGUUGUUGAAUCCGUCUAAAAAUACAGAUAAAGAUGAAUUAGAAAA